CAUUGAGUGAACACUCAUUCAAAGUGUUUAGUCAUUGAGUGAACAGUGAAUCCAAUUGUCAAUUGUUUUGAGCGCUUAUUGUCCGUCAAAUCGGUGACCAAAUUCAGUGAUCAGUCAUGUCUUUGCCGACCAAAGCUCAACGACUCACUCAGGAGUCUGUUUGUGGCCCUGAUAUGAAGGACAAGCCGUUGAACGCCGAGAAUCCUAUCCUCAUAAACGGCUUCCAAUCCAUACGACAACAAGUGGUGGGAAGGCAUCCGUUGGAGGCGUUGGACAAGACGUACGGCCAGCGCGUGGAGGCCCAGCAGUUCCGGGCGUUGCAGUCGAUUCAAGGCAUUCACGCGCCCCUCAGACUCAUCCACGAGCGCAGGGCUGCCCAACAGGUGCACCGACUGCCGGGUCUUCACUCGUCUCACGUGAUGUUGGAUGUGCUGACCGGUAGAGACGAGGAGAUCGGCCCACAAGACUUCCUCAACGAUGUGAGCGAACACAUGGAGGUGAUGGCACCCAUUCAUAUGCUCUGCGAGCGACAGUUUCAUAUCAACUGAUUUCGUACGGUUUAAGUAGUGAACGGCACACCAAACGAAAGUCUGAAUUGGAUUUUAAUUUCAUUGAAAUGUAAAAACAAAAAUAAAAUAAAAUGCUUUUUCUUACAAAUUAA